CAACUGCAGCCUCCAAGCCAUCUUCCUGCUGUGUGUGUGUCUGUUUGAUAUAAAAUGCCUGAUAAGACUCUGGAUUGGCCAUGCAGCAACAUUGCCCAGAGCAUGCUCAUGGUAAUCCAAUAGAUACCCAGUCCACUCCCCGCAGGGCAUUCACUGCCCACAGCUCUCGUUCCUAUAGAAGUCGGUCAAUCUUCCUACUGCAUCCACGAAUCAAAGGGUUGUCCUCCACCAGUCCAGCUCGAAAAGCUUUAGCAUCAUAAUCCAUUAAGACACCGUCACAAAUGUAUUUGAGAAGAGGUUAUCCCAACCUCCCCAAAUGCCCCAACAAUGCCUCUCUGACAAUUCUUUCAAUGGAAUGCUCAUAUCCUCUUUCAAUAUAACUUUGUGCGCUUGAUAACCAUGCAGAUCUGUUCACUGCAAAUUUGUAGAGCAUACAGCCAGCGUCAGUCCAGUGUUAGCAGGGAAAGGAGGCUUCUGUUUUUGGUUUCCCUUGUUUUCCGUCAAGGCUCUCUGGUAAAGUGUUUUCUCUUCAUCGCAGAUUUAAGCUGCAAGCAACAUAGUGUACAUGUACGUCAAGGAUCCAGCUUGAUAAGCUUCCUUCCUAGUCUUCAACCGCUCUUUUACAUACUCCUCUUUCACCCAAUUUAUGGCAAUUUAUAGGAGAGGAUCAUGCAAGCUAUACAGCAGCCUGAGUGCUGAAGCAUAAUUUGGUCUCCAGGCGUCGUAACGGCGCGAAUUGGAUCAGUCGAUCACACCAUGAGAAGCGGGGCAGGGAGAGAUGGGAAUAGCAAGGUUUACGAGAUGGUGGCGCGGCCUGGAUCACGCGUGGCGGUGACCCUGUGGAAGCCGAGGAAUAAGGGUUUCCGCUUCAGUCGGACCGGGCCCGGCCUCCUUGGGGUCGGCCAACUUUGCGGCCUAUUUAGAUGUUUGUUUUCCGAGGUUAGCCUUUUGAUGAACGGACCAUAAAGCACUCGAUGCCGCCCGCGGACGAAGCGGAGAGGUGGAAGUGGGAAAACGCCGGCGCCGGCGCCGUCGCAGGGUUCGCCACAGUCGCCGCCCUCCAUCCCCUCGACGUUGUCCGUACUCGCUUUCAAGUUACCGAUGGACGAGCUUCGCAUCUUCCGCUCUACAGGAACACCGCGCACGCUAUUUAUACUAUUGCUAGAACCGAGGGCUUCAAAGGGCUAUAUUCAGGUUUUUAUCCAGCAGUCUUUGGAUCUACCAUUUCGUGGGGCCUCUACUUCUUCUUCUAUAGCAGAGCAAAACAAAGGUACUUAACAAGGAACAAUGAGCAGCUCAGCCCCAGCUAUCAUCUUCUCUCUGCAGCUGAAGCUGGUGUUUUGGUAUCCUUGUUUACCAAUCCUAUUUGGCUUGUAAAAACACGAAUGCAGCUCCAAACACCUCACCAAGAUUAUCGGCCAUAUUCUGGACUGUAUGAUGCUUUGAGGACCAUUUUAAAAGAGGAAGGAUGGAAGGGACUUUAUAGAGGGAUUGGACCGAGUCUUCUGCUUGUUACUCAUGGUGCAAUCCAAUUUACUGCUUAUGAGGAGCUCCGUAAACUUGCUACUUACAUGAAGGGCAAAGGUGGAAAGGCAAAAAUUACUGAAGGUGAUAACCUACUGAACUCAUUUGAUUAUGCUGCUCUUGGAGCUUCCUCAAAAUCGUUUGCCAUUCUAUUCACAUAUCCAUAUCAGGUUGUUCGAUCACGCUUACAGCAAAGACCUAAUAUUGAUGGAAUCCCCAAAUAUUUGGAUAGUUGGCACGUGGUGAAAGAUACUGCAAGGUUCGAAGGGCUUGGAGGAUUUUACAGAGGCAUCACAUCCAACAUAUUGAAAAAUAUCCCAGCAUCUUCCAUAACCUUUGUGGUGUAUGAAAAUGUUCUUCACAUUCUUAAAUUAAACAGAAGGCAGAGCUGAUCCAUCUAAUUCCGUUUUUUUCUCUGUGAUUUCCUUGUUACUUUUUUCUAUUUACUUUCUUCCAUUUUCAGUGUUUCAAUUCCCAAUUAUGCACAUACUGCACAAUUUUUUUCUAUCAAAUAUUAAUUCCUAUGACUUGAAUUCACUGUAAUGACUGCUUCAUGGCUUCUAUGUUUUUUGUCAGUUGAAUAAAAACUUCUAGUAUCAGAUUCAACUAA